UUUCCCCCUGUGUUUGCUGUUAUAAUGAGCUCCACUCUUCUGGGAAGCUUUCCACUAGAUGUUGGAGCGUGGCUGUGGGGAUUUGUGUUCAUUCAGCUACAAGAGCAUUAGUGAGGUCAGGCGCUGAUGUUGGGAUGUCGAGGAGGUCUGGGGUUCAGUCGGUGUUCCAGUUCAUCCCAAAGGUGUUCAGUGGGGUUGAGGUCAGGGCUCUGUGCAGGACACUCGAGUUCUUCCACUCCAACCUUCACACACCAUGUCUUCAUGGAGCUCGCUUUGUGCACAGGGGCAUCGUCAUGCUGGAACAGGUUUGAGUCUCUUAGUGCCAGUGAAGGGAAACUGUAAUGCUACAGCACACAGAGACGUUCUAUACAACUGUGUGCUUCAGACUUUGUGUCAAUAGUUUAGAGAAGUGCAUACGGGUGUGAUGGUCAGGGGUGCACAUACUUUUGGUCAUAUAGUAUAUUUACAUGGACGUUAGAUCUAAUUGUUGUACUUCCAUUAUAGUUUUGUUGCUCUCUUGGUUAUCAUGAGAUUGUUGAUUUUUUUUCUACCCUAAACAACCCCUCGAUCGACUCCUUUGACCUUCAGGUUUCCAGUCGCAGAGCUCGGUGCAUGUGGUUGGUUUUUGCGCCAGCUUCGUGUCCUUUUUCUUUUUAUUCUCCCCUAGCGGCCGCACAGCGCAUUUACAAUAUCAAGCGAAACGAGGAAAAAAGACAGGGAUGAACGCCAUGUCUGAUCCCGCCGUGGAGGAGUAAAAGCGAGAAAAAAAUCGCACCCGCGGCGACGCGGAAAGCGCCUGCGGCUUUGGAGGAGCUUUAUUCGGCGCAGGGGGAGAGGGAAGGCCCGGGGCCCGGGGCUCGCGGCUCGGCUCGGUCAUGGCGGAGAAUUCCGCGGGAAGUGCGCACGGCUCGGCGGCUGCGAAGGCACAGCUCCGCUCCUCACCGCGCCUCAAGAAACUCGAGAAACUCGCCGUGUACUCCUCCUGCAAGGUACGCUUCCGCAAAGCCUUCUCUUACACAGCAGUGCUCGGCGGUGAGGGGGUGUUUUCAGCUCGGAGGGGAAUUGGAGCUGAUGGGGCUGAACGCGACCUGCACUCGGAACUCUCGGAAAACUGCAAGCGCAGCACAAAAGCGCUCGCGUAAAUCCGACGGGUUUGUUUUGUAAUGGUGCGCGGUUCAUCUUCCCCACAGCUCGCGCUGAGCACGCGCUUCUACACGACCUAAUGGUCUGCGUGUGAGCGAUUCUGAGGUCCGGAUCGCAGAGCCGCAGUAAGGGGAUGUAAACACUGGGGCAGUUAUUAGUGGGGUGCGCGUGCUCAUGUCCGUGUUUUCAGCGCGGUGUGCACGCUUUCAUCCCGCCGCCUGCAUGGUAUGGUUUGGUUGCGCGAGCGGGCGGUAGGCCUUUGUGGCGUUUGAAGUUUGUAGUGAAAUGGAAGAGACAUUGUGGAUUUGUUUGGUCCUCGUCUUUGUUUUGACAGUGUGACAGCUGCGGGGGGGUGGGGCCACAAACACGGAGCGCGAGCCCGCCCAGUGCAGCGUCACUGCCAAGUUCACUCUUAUCCACAGAGCACAAACAAGAGGCUCCAGUACAGGCAGGACUUCACAACAAGGCACAGCGUGUGGCCUUUGUGUACACUAAUGUAUUUUUUACUUUUCAUUCUGUGAAAUUCCUUGAGCUCAAGCUCCACUGCCUUACUUGGGACAGGUGUUUGCAUUCUGCCCUACCUGUGUAUUGACCUGGUGAUGUCAUUACUAAGGCCUGGGGAUAUCAGUGAUUAUUAGAACAAGCAGAUUAACUGAUGUCUAAUGUUACCCAGGUUCACCCUCAUUUGUGUGCAUAGAUUGCAUAGAUAACAGAAGAAAAAGUACAUCAUAUUACACUUAUUAUGUUUUUAAAUGCAGAAAAUAUGCAUGUUAUUUUCUAUAUGACUAUAAAAGUGCAGCAGCAGAGAUGGCUCCUAGAUUUCGUUUAUACAGUAGCUGUGAUCUGAAUCCUAAUCUGUGCUACUGAUUAUCAAAUUAAUAAUCAUCUCUGUGUCUAGCAAUAAGCCAUCUGAGUGCACGAGACUCCUGUAAGCUGAUAUAAUAGUUUGCUCCCACAGGCUGAAGGAGCUUGUAAGUGUAAUGGUUGGAAGAGCCAAAAUCCGCCUCCUACUCCACCACCUCCAACUCCACCCAGGGCUGAGCAACCAAACUCUGUUAAUCUGCUGGAGCCUUGCAGGAGUUGCAGCCACCCUUUAGGCAGCCUGGUUGGAUGGAACAGACCAGCUGAAUGGAUGUUUCUGAAGCGGGUAAGGUUUCAUCCCUCUCUCAUUGGCCAGGAGAUCAUGUAACACAUCUGGAGAACGUAUCAGAAGACGAGAUGAACAGGUUACUGGGUAUUGUGCUGGAUGUGGAGUAUCUCUACACAUGCGUCCACAAAGAGGAGGACGCUGACACUAAGCAAGUCUACUUCUCUCUGUUUAAGUUGCUAAGGAAAUGCAUCCUGCAAAUGGGGAGGCCCGUGGUGGAGGCAUUAGAGAGCCCCCCGUUUGAGAAACCCAGCAUCGAGCAGGGGGUGAAUAACUUUGUUCAGUACAAGUUCAGUCACCUCCCAUCCAAAGAGCGACAGACCAUCGUGGAACUGGCCAAGAUGUUCCUCAACCAGAUCAACUUCUGGCAGCUGGAGACGCCAUCGCAGAGACGGCAGCGGGUCCCUGUUGACGACGCAGCUGGCUACAAAAUCAACUACACCAGGUGGCUGUGCUACUGUAACGUGCCGCAGUUUUGUGACAGUCUCCCGCGCUAUGAGGCCACGCAGAUCUUUGGCCGCACUCUGCUGCGUUCUGUCUUCACCAUCAUGAGGAAACAGCUGCUGGAGCAGGCCAGGCAGGAGAAAGACAAACUGCCUCCUGAGAAACGAACACUCAUCCUCACACACUUCCCCAAAUUCCUGUCUAUGUUGGAGGAGGAGGUGUACAGCCCCAAUUCUCCUAUCUGGAGUGAAGACUCCAUGGGUGGUGCAUCAGGUGGACAUAUCCCUAGAGUGAUCAGUGCGCCCCAAGUGGCCCGGCCGCUCUACUGCACCACUACAUCCUCUCCUGUGGGGCUGACAGGAACAGGCAGUGUGAGUCCCGCACGCAAAACUGCAUCGGCUCUGGAACCUAGCACAGGUGGAGAGAAGCGAAAGUCCUCUGAGCCAUUGUCUCAUGAAGACACUAAGAAAGCCCGGGUCAUGGGUGACAUUCCUAUGGAGCUGAUUAAUGAGGUCAUGUCCACUAUCACAGACCCUGCAGCCAUGCUCGGACCAGAGACCAGUCUCCUCUCGGCUCACUCUGCACGAGAUGAGGCUGCACGGUUGGAAGAGAGACGAGGAGUGAUAGAGUUUCAUGUCAUUGGCAACUCCCUCAACCAGAAGCCUAACAAGAAGAUUUUGAUGUGGCUGGUGGGCCUUCAGAAUGUUUUCUCUCACCAGCUGCCCCGAAUGCCCAAAGAGUACAUCACACGCCUCGUCUUCGACCCAAAACACAAGACACUGUCUCUGAUCAAAGAUGGCCGUGUGAUUGGGGGUAUCUGCUUCCGGAUGUUUCCAUCUCAGGGCUUCACAGAAAUAGUUUUUUGUGCUGUAACCUCCAAUGAACAGGUCAAGGGUUAUGGGACACACCUGAUGAACCACCUAAAAGAGUACCACAUCAAACACGAGAUCCUCAACUUCCUCACGUAUGCUGAUGAGUACGCUAUUGGCUACUUCAAAAAGCAGGGUUUCUCUAAAGACAUAAAGGUCCCCAAAGCCAAGUAUGUGGGUUACAUUAAAGACUAUGAGGGAGCUACGCUCAUGGGCUGCGAACUCAACCCCAGCAUACCGUAUACAGAGUUCUCUGUCAUCAUUAAGAAACAGAAAGAGAUCAUUAAGAAGCUGAUAGAGAGGAAGCAGGCACAGAUACGCAAGGUGUAUCCUGGUCUGUCCUGUUUUAAAGAGGGUGUUCGCCAGAUUCCCAUCGAGAGCAUUCCAGGCAUACGUGAAACAGGCUGGAAACCUUUGGGGAAAAGUAAAGAGGUGAAAGAUCCAGAUCAGCUGUGUAGCACCUUAAAAACCAUUCUACAGCAAGUCAAGUCCCACCAGAACGCAUGGCCCUUUAUGGAACCUGUAAAGAAGAAUGAUGCACCUGGUUAUUACCAAGUCAUUCGCUUUCCUAUGGACUUGAAGACUAUGAGUGAGCGCCUAAAGAGUCGCUACUACACCACAAGGAAGCUGUUCAUGGCGGACAUGCAGCGGAUCUUCACUAACUGUCGGGAGUACAACCCUCCCGAGAGCGAGUACUACAAGUGUGCGAACCUGCUGGAGAAGUACUUCUACAUUAAGAUUAAAGAGGCUGGCCUUAUCGACAAGUAGAACAGUCUGAGGGAAUCGUCCUCACCCUCAAUCCUUUUCUUGCACUUUUUUCUCCAAUGGCACUUGUCAGACUUUAUUGGCAUGAGCUCUUUCCAACAUGAAAGUUUUUGCAGUCCGGAAACUGUUUCCAUAAAAUUGGUUGUAGCACAAAAACUGUACAUCAGCAGAGCUUCAAAACUCUCUGAUAGUGUAGAUGAUCUUAGAGAGACAUGGGUAUGUGUGUGUAAUCUGCACAAGGACAUCUUGGAGUGUACAUAGUGUCCCUCAUGUUUCUUAAACAUUACCCCUGCCAAAAAAAAAUAACAUUUCACAUGUCUGAGUGAGAACCUGUGUACGUAAACCAACUUUAAAUAAUAGCUGUAUAUUUUCUAUGGUAGAGUUUGGCCUCAUGUAGAUGAACAUACUUUAUACGUCAUGCAAGUGACAUUACUCAAAAAAGCCACAUACUUCUGCUACAUUUUCUAUGUAAAAAUCUGCACUUAUUUAAACAAAUUGUGAUAAAUACAAGCAUUUGUAAGAUGAAGGUCCAUGGUAAGAAAACGUGCUGAGUGGUUGUUGCUCUGCAUGGUACAGGAUUUGGAAAGUCUUACUGUGUUUGGUCUUAACUUCUAUACAAGUGAUGAAAAAAAUACAACCUUGUAGUUAAAGGCAACAACAAAAGAAAAAUGUGCAAUAACUCGUAGAUUUGUUGUUUUGUAAAAUGUUUGUACUUUUAAAUAUUUAGGAAGAGAUGGACUUUGUAUUAUGUCAUUUUAUAGGAUUAUUAAAACUUUAGAUCAACCAAAGCUCUGGGAAACUGAACUUGUGACCUUCUAGUCAUUAGUAUAGAACACUGGUAAAGUCAUGUGUGAGUAAUGCAAUCGAUUCAUCCGUUUACCCCAGGUUGAUGAAAAUUGAAUAGGACACACUUGCAGUGAACUUCAAAAGCCACUCAGCUUGACACUGAAAAUGUGAUCAGUGACAAAUUAUACAAAAUAAAACCAGGACAUGACCUCUUUCA